GAGGGUGUGUGAUGCUAGCAGGUGGGGUGGGGGCUGGAUUGGAAGAAACAAAAGAUGUAUAAAUAAGAACACAGUAAUUCCAAUUUGGACGUUACGAUUGCAUAUUGGGAAGCACAGCAAAUUGCAAUUGCAAUAGCACAGAGAGAGAGGGGAAGAAACAAUGGAGAAUGGAAGCGAAGAUCCACAAUUACAACAACAACAGCAACAACAGCCGCAGCCGCGACGGUUGAAACCGAUCCCACCAAAUCCACCGCCAACAGAUCGACCGGCCCGUAUUUACGCUGACGGUAUCUACGAUCUUUUCCACUUCGGCCAUGCUCGCGCCCUUGAACAAGCCAAAAAACUGUUGCCCAACACUUAUCUUCUUGUUGGAUGCUGCAAUGAUGAAAUCACCCACAUGUACAAGGGAAAAACUGUUAUGAAUGAUAAGGAGCGCUAUGAAUCUCUGCGCCACUGCAAAUGGGUUGAUGAAGUUAUUCCAGAUGCGCCUUGGGUUGUUACUCCGGAGUUCAUUGAGAAACAUCAGAUUGACUAUGUGGCACAUGAUGCUCUUCCUUAUGCAGAUGCAAGUGGAGCUGGAAAUGAUGUUUACGAGUAUGUUAAGUCCAUUGGUAAGUUUUUGGAGACCAAGCGGACUGAU